AUGCCACGCCUGACCCCGGUUCGCUGCCUCCCAGGACUCCUCCUGUUGCUCCUGCCGCUGCUGCUGCUGCCGCCCCCCGUGGCCCCGCGGUCCCUGGCUCGCCGCGCUGCCCACACUGUCCAGGAGCUCCGCAAACUGGGGUCCCGCGGUCCCGCGGGGAGCCCUGGGCGCCGCCCCUCUGCCACCAGCGAGCCCCAUUCCGGAGCCAGGGAGCCUGGAGGAGCCCAGGGCGCAGGUGUUUGCAAGAGCAGACCCUUGGACCUGGUGUUUAUCAUUGAUAGCUCUCGAAGUGUCCGGCCUCUGGAGUUCACCAAAGUGAAAACCUUUGUCUCUCAAAUAAUUGACAAUCUGGACAUUGGGGAGAUGGACACAAGGGUGGCAGUGGUGAACUAUGCCAGCACGGUGAAGAUUGAGUUCAAUCUCCGGGCACACUCAGAUAAACAUUCCUUGAAACAGGCUGUGGCUCGAAUCACACCCUUAUCAACAGGCACCAUGUCAGGCCUGGCCAUCCAGACAGCAAUGGAUGAAGCCUUCACAGUGGAGGCAGGCGCUCGGGGGUCCACUAUCAACAUCCCAAAAGUGGCCAUCAUUGUGACAGAUGGGAGGCCCCAGGACCAAGUGAAUGAGGUGGCAGCUCGGGCUCGGGCAUCCGGUAUUGAGCUCUAUGCUGUGGGAGUGGACCGGGCAGACAUGGAGUCCCUUAAGAUGAUGGCUAGCGAACCCCUAGAAGAUCAUGUUUUCUACGUGGAGACCUAUGGAGUCAUUGAGAAACUUUCAUCUAGGUUCCAGGAAACUUUUUGUGCCCUGGACGCCUGCAUGCUCGGCACGCACCAGUGCCAGCACGUGUGUGUCAGUGACGGGGAAGGCAAGCACCACUGUGCGUGCAGCCAGGGAUACACCCUGAAUGCUGAUAGAAGAACGUGUUCAGCUAUUGACAAGUGUGCUCUUAACACUCAUGGAUGUGAGCACAUCUGUGUGAAUGACAGAACUGGCUCUUACCAUUGUGAAUGCUACGAAGGUUAUAUCUUGAAUGAAGACCAGAAAACUUGUUCUGUUGAAGAUAAAUGUGCUUUUGGUCGACAUGCGUGUCAGCACAUUUGUGUGAGAGACAGAGCUGGGUCUUAUCACUGUAAAUGCUUUGAGGGCUACAUCCUGAAUGAAGAUAAUAAGACGUGCUCAGUAAGCAACAAGUGUGCUCUGGGCACUCAUGGCUGCCAGCACAUUUGUGUGAGUGAUGGGACAGCGUCCUACCAUUGUGAUUGCUAUGAUGGCUACACCUUGAAUGAAGAUAGGAAGACAUGCUCAGCCAUUGAAGAAGCACGAAGACUCAUUUCCACUCAAGAUGCCUGUGGGUGUGAAGCUACACUGGCAUUCCAAGAGAACGUGAGCUCCUAUCUCCAGAGACUGAACACAAAACUUGAUGACAUUUUGGAGAAGUUGCAAGUAAAUUAACAUGGACAAGCACAUCAUUAA